AUGGUCGGCAAGAUUCUCAAUUAUGGCUCGAUAAACAUUGACGAGUUCUUUACUGUGCCACAUAUCUGUAAAUCUGGAGAGACAUUGUCUUCAAGCAGCUAUACCAUGCGUGCAGGUGGCAAAGGCGCAAAUCAAUCUGCUGCAUUGGCCAAGGCAGGUGGAAAAAUCUAUCAUGCUGGCAAGAUUGGAAAAGAUGCACUUUGGGUCCGUGAUUAUAUGAGUGAGCAGGGAAUUGAUAUGUCACUUACUAAACUGGCCGAAGACGAGAAUAAUGGUCGAGCAUUAAUUCAAGUCAGCCAAGAGACCGGUGAUAAUGCUAUCAUGUUGUUUCCAGGUACAAACGGUACCUACGAUCCCAAGGAAUUUGAUGGACUUCUUUCGCAAUUUGGCCCUGGAGAUUGGAUUGUUCAACAGAAUGAGAUUAGCAAAGGUGGUGAGAUGAUGAGACUUGCAGCAGACAAAGGACUUUCGGUGCUUUUUAAUCCAGCUCCGCUUACGCGAGGUAUCCUGGACAGCUUUCCAUUCGACAAGGUUUCUGUAUUGGUGGUCAACGAACACGAGGCCGAAGAUCUCUGCCGGGAAUUUGGCGGCAAUGUAUCAUUAUCGUCGUCCACAGGCUUGGAGAUUGCCGGAGAGUUAUUCAAUCGGUUCAAGACAAUGCAGGGUGUUGUGGUAACAUUGGGUGGAGAGGGCGUUGUGGGAAAAUUCAGAGACCAGGGCGAGAUUCGCGACUUUGAGGUGCCGAGUAGAAAGGUGCCGGUCAAGGAUACAACAGGAGCUGGCGAUACAUUUGUGGGUUACUUUCUGGCGGGACUUGUACGAUCUGAAGCAAAAACGUAUUUUGAACGAGUGCACAAUGCCCUGGAAGAGGCUAACUUGGCAGCAUCGAUAGCUGUACAACGUGAAGGCUCAAUGGUGUCUGUGCCUACCCUUGCUGAGGUGGAGGAAGCAAAGAAGAGACAAUAA